AAAUUUCAUUCACAAGAAUAUAUCAUUUGGCUUUCGUCAGAGUUCGAUUGCUUAAUUCUCGGUUGGGAAUUUUGCGUGAUACUGUCAAUUAUUUGUUUGUAACCUCAUCCGUUAACAAUCUUCUAUCUCGACCUUGUUUUGGUGUUUGUGUACUUUGACAUAGCUAGCAAGAAUUUACAGUAUGUUUAAAACGAAAAGCAGGAAAAAAAGUUAUGGUCAUUCUGAGACCGAAGAUUCUCCAGGAACAUCUGGUGAUUACAGCGUGACUACAGAUGUAUCUACGGCAUCUUCGGCCAACGCAGAGCCUCAGAGGGCGAUAAAUGCAACGAAUCAGAGCGUCAACGAUCCCCAGGGGGUGAAAAAGUUACCUGACACCGCCGCUGCGCCGGGGACUAUCAAAAAAGAUACUAAACAACUGAAGGACAGAGAGAAGAGAACAAGGCCUGACGAAGAUCGCAGGAAGCGCAAAGAAAAAGAAAGGAAAGAGGAUACGAAGUCCCCUGUUCAAGAGGAUGCGAAGUCCCGUGUUCAAGGAGAUGUGGAGGAAAAUAUCGAAGUGAAUAAUGAAUUAGAACUUCUGAAACUGAAUUUUUGUGACGAAACUGAAACGUACAAAAAUUUUCCAGCGUCUUUUUACGAGAAUUACAGUUCCUUGAGGAAUUUCGCUAGAAUUUUGAACGUGGUUCUCCGGUUUCCGGAAGUUGUGUUGAUAGGGCCGAGAUCGCACGGAAAAUCCACGCUCUUAGAGGCGUUGGUCAGACGUAGAUUUAAUUUUAUAAAUUUCAAUGGAGCGACCAAACGUCCUAUUUAUUUCCGAAUGGUCAACAAUCCUGCCUACGAGGAGGAGCCGUUGGUCACUUUGAGGCACGACUCUUCAUUGCCCAACGUCAAUCAGGACAUGCACUUGACGCUGAAUGAGUUGCCUUCUGAAUUGGAGAAGAGGAUGGUGUGGACGCAGGAGCCAAUUGUGAUUAUUUACGAACACAAAUGUGUGAUGAAUGUGACAUAUAUAGAUACGCCUGGGAUUCCGCCGACCGAAUCCCCGGAUUACAAAGCGGUGUGUUCGACAAUCUUGAACAUCGCCAAGUCGCCUGAGCGCAUAAUUAUUUGCGUUGAAGAGGUAGCUGAUUUUUCUAGGCUGCGAAUGACAGAAUUUAUGAGACAGAUUGAUCCGGAUUUGAAGCGAACGAUUCUGGUCUACACCAAGCUCCAUUCUUAUUUGACAACUUGUACUUCGGUGCAAAGUUUGAACAGUUAUCUUUGGGGUGCGACGCUGAACAACCGGUUAUUCUUUUUGACGCUUCUGAACUCGAAGUUGUAUCGAUCGCUUACAGACGAAGAUUACCUGUUGAUGCUGAGGAAGAUUCACGGUCGAGACAUGAACGAUUUGGAUAUUUUGCAGUUCGAUUAUCGUUUCAAGUCCAACAUAGGCAUUCAGGCGUUGGCGAAUCAUGUCAGAAAUUUGAUUUGGAAUUCUUUCCGGGACAUCAUUCCGGAGCUGCUCCAUGCCCUGAAGACACAGAAGGAGGACAUUCAGCAGCAAAUCGCGGACUUCCAGGUUCAGAUGUCAAUGCUGAAUGUCAAGGAACUGCGUCAAGUUGCGAACAAGUACUCAUUUGAUUUUUUGCAGGCAGUCGACCAAUUGAUCGUUGGCACGUCUGAAGGUAUCCCGGGCGUAAAUGGACAGACACUCGAGGAAGAGAAGGCCGCUCUGGGCGACUUCGAGUGGAUCGACGCCUACAAUCACAUCGUUCACCUGGAUCCAGUAGCACAAAGCAUUCCAUUCAGAAACGCACACGUGUAUGGUGGUCAACAAUUCGAGCGUCUAUUGAACGAAUUCAAGGCCGUUUGCGACCAAAUAGACAUUUCAGAAAUAUCUAUGGACGAAGUCGCAACCGCGGCGAGCAUAAACAAGGUUAGCAAUAUGCCCAACUAUGCCUGGGCGGCGUCUGAUUUGGCGUACCACCAAUCCAAAGAGACGUUUUUGCCGCUGAUUAGCCAGCUCCGCAGACGCGCCGUAUAUGUACUUAGACGGCUGCACGGUAUUGCCGAGGGAAUGUUGUACGACAAACGGGGAGGGAGCAAGCAAUUGAUGGACACUCACUCCAAGAUCUCCGACAUCGACCAGUAUCCCCACUUCAAAAAUCAGCUCAAAGACCUGUUUUACAGGUUCAUCGAACAAUGUUCUAAAGACUGUCAGGAGCACUGUCUCAGCGAGUUCUAUUGCAGCAAAACCAUUUUCUGGGAGUUCACCGAGUUUUCAGACAACAAAAUACUCAUAGAUCGGACAGAAAUGAGCUCUGAAGAGCUCAAAAACACCGUUUUUAAGCUUGCCAGCCAACUUUUCAAAAACGUUCGCGAGCGAGUCACCAAGAACGUGAUGCUAAAGUUCUACAACUUCAUGCUAGUUCCCGUCCAAAAACAACUCUGGAAAUACGUACAGGCGGCAAUCAACGAUAUCGCCGACGAACAACUCGAACAAUACUUCAGGUUGGACACGAUGAAAACAGGCUUCGAAGAAGAGCAAGCGGAGCUAGAAAAGAAACUAGAAGUCCUGGCCCGACAAGAAGACGAGCUCUCGAACCUUUCUAAGCAGUUUUUCCUAAGCUAUUCCUUGCUGUGCCGAACCUCGGUAAUGUGAAACACAAGCAAUACAAAAAUCACAAAAGCCAUAUGACGUGUAUGUAUGUGGCGAAUAACAUACACUUGCAUACAUAAAGGGCAAAUACAAACUUUUUGCUAAAAAAAAAAGCUCCUUGACUUAAACAAUAAUGGCUCUAUAAUAAGAGAAAGACUUGUACACUCAUACCCAAAAUCUCGUUCUGGCAAACCAUGUUCUGCUGUGUCGCAACUUCUGCGCGUUCUUUUCGAAAUGCGUCUGCGACCACCAAGGGCGUGAUAAGUGCAUUUCAGUUGCGCACGCCUCGGCGCCUUGUUCAGUCUUCUUCUAUGACGGAGCGCCCUGUUUAUUCUCCACAUGUAUCUAUCUAUCGAUUCCCACUUCCAGCUGUUGCAUCGAUCAUGUACCGAGCGACCGGAGUCGGUAUCUCUGCUGGGUUCUGCGCCGUCGCAGUCGCCUCGAUAGUGUCUGGACAGUCCGUCCCUCUGGUGAUUGCCCUAAUCAAGGCCCACCCUGUGCUUUUGUUCCCUUGCAAGGCCCUUCUUUCAUUUGCGCUAUCAUAUAACUUGCUUUCCAACUUGAGACAUGUCGUCUGGGACAACACGCACUGGGGACUGAACAGCCUCGAAGAACUUGACCGAUGGACUUAUGCUCUCUUUGGGGCCACCGCUACCAUCACUGCCGUCUCCACAUUCUAUUAAUUAUCGGCCCCGUCUCGCCCGCGAUCCCCCCUGGGACCUGAGCUUCUGCAAAAAAAAUUUUUUUUGCCUCUCAAUAAAAAAGCAAUCAACAUUCAA